ACACUCUCUCACUCUCUUUCCACCACAAUCUCUCUUGCACAUGCACAUACCCUCGCAUCUCCUCUCUCUUGCCCGCACACAAUCUCUAUCGCCCACAUACACUCUCUCUCCACAGCUCUCUCCACCCCUCCCCUCUGUACCUCCCCACACACUCUGUUUGUUCUGUGUAAACAUGUUUACCGCGAAGGUGGUGAUGAAAUCCUGCGACCUCCUGUACCGGAUUUAAGUCAGAGAGCAGGGGACAGAAGGUCACUCCGUGGACGUGUCGCGGGACAGAGUGCGGGCAUGGUGCUGGCCUGGAUUCUCGUCUUCUUAAUGGUCUCGGCACUGGGGGACGCGCUCCCGCAUGCUGUGGUGCUGAUCCCGUCGGAGAUACAGAUCGGGACCCAGGAGAAGGUUUGCGUGAUCCAGCCCACGGGGACAGGGAGCGGAUCGCUCCGGGUGACUCUUCACUAUGCCUCCAUCAACGCCACCCUCCUGGACAAGGACACGGCGGGUGUGGGGCAUCAUGGGUGUAUGGAGUUCACGGUGCCGGACAUUGAACUGCAGGAUGAAGAUGAUUCAGUGGCCACCAUCACCGUGAUUGGAUCCGGCCAGACAGAGGCAAUCAAUGUCACCAGGAAGGUUUUCCUGAGGAAACUGCAUUCCUUGACAUUCGUACAGACGGACAAGCCCGUGUACAAACCUGGCCAGGCAGUGCGGUUCCGCGUCGUCUCUCUGACCCAGGAUUUCUUGCCGGCCGAGGAGAAGUACCCGCUGAUAACGCUCUGGGACCCUCAGCGGAAUCGGAUCGGCCAGUGGAGGAACGUGGAACACAAGCAGGGAAUUGUGGACCUGACGUACAACCUGAGCCCUGAGCCCCUGAUGGGAAACUACGAGAUCGAGGUGAUCAAGUCCACAGGGAAUAACUUGCACUCCUUCACAGUGGAGGAAUACGUUCUCCCGAAAUUCGAGGUGAAGCUCCAUAUUCCGAAGUUGAUCACGAUUCUCGACAGAACGAUCCACGUCCAAGUGUGCGGGAGGUACACGUACGGGAAACCCAUGCGGGGUGUGGUAAACGGCACGGUCUGUCUGAAGCGUUAUUACACUCACGGGAACCCAGAUCUUUGUCACUAUGUUGUGGACAGGAUGGACAAUGACGGCUGCAUCUCCCGGGAUCUCGCCACCGCUCUAUUCCAACUGAGAAGGAAUUGGAACAUCGAAAUCCGCGCACACUUCGUCCUGGAGGAGGACGGGACAGGAAUUAGGAGGGAAAAGUCAGCAUCCUGCAUGGUUGCCUCGGAGGUCACGAAGAUCCACUUUGAAGACAUUGGGAUGUACUACAAGAGAGGACGCCCGUUUUCUGGAAAGGUGGUGAUCAAGUUGGCCACAGGGAAACCAAUGCCAAGGGUGAAAGUGUAUCUGUUCAACUCGUUCAAUCCCGGGGCCCAAGAGAUUCUGGUCGAUGACCAAGGAGAGGGAACCUUCUUCCUCGACACCUCUGAAUGGGAAGACGAGCAGGUGUCCUUCAUGGCCAUUUAUCAUCUUCAGCCUGAGGACAAUUACCACUCUCCACGGCUCCCCAGCCACUCUCACGCCCGGCACUCAGUCAAGCGGUUCUACUCCAAGUCCAACAGCUUCCUGUCCAUCACGAGUCGUCAGAGGGAGCUGCCGUGCACGUUCGAUCUGGAGAUGCCGAUUAGUUACAUCAUCAAAGUUCUUCCAGACGGCGGAUCUCUCGAUCUGGAGGUGUUCCAGUUGGCGAUGGCCAGAGGGAAGAUCAUCAGCUUUGAGAAGAGCUCACAAUCCAUCGAGGGGACGGAGGAGGGAUCCUUCACUCUCCGUCAGAUGAUCACCGCAGAUAUGUCUCCCGUCACCCGGAUCCUGGUGUUCACCGCGCUCCCUAACGGCGAGAUCAUUGCCGACACCAUCAAGUUCAAUGUCGCCAAAUGUUUCCACAAUCAGGUGCAGCUCAAAUUCUCCGGCUCUCGAGGAGCUCCCGGCACCCCGAUCAGUGUCGACCUUCGGGCACAGCCAGGCUCCCUGUGCGGACUUCGAGUUGUGGAUCAGAGUGUUCUGCAGAAACCGGAACAGGAGCUGACAGUUAACAGCAUCUACUCCAGCCUGCCAAUGUCUGAUCUCAAUGAUUACCAUGAAUCGAUUCUGGACGACGAUGACGAGUUUUGUAAACCGGACGACGGGGGCUACAGGAUUGCUCCGGAAGAUCGGCAGUCGGUCUUCGACGUCAACCGACUCCUCGAGGGCAUGGGGCUAAAGAUCUUCACUGAUUUUGAUUAUUAUGUCCCAGUGAACUGCGACUACUCCGACUACUACUACUUCGGAGGGUAUGAGCUGACUACUUUUCGUGCGAGAAUAAUGGAGAAGCAAGCGAUCCUGGAUGACGUUGAUUCAGUGCAAAACAUGGUCCCGUUGAUGAGUUCCCCCGCUGGUGGUUUGCAUCCCCUUGAAGAAAAAGUCCGGGAAUAUUUCCCAGAGACAUGGAUCUGGGAACUGAUCCCUGUCAGUUCCACCGGACACUCCAACCUUGAAGUCACGGUCCCGGACGCCAUCACCGAGUGGAAGGGGAGUGCGUUCUGCAGCGGGGACGCAGGCUUUGGGCUCUCGGACACGGUGUCUCUGUUCGCCUUUAAGCCCUUCUUCGUGGACCUGGUGCUGCCCUACUCCGUCGUAAGGACCGAGGGCUUCUCCCUCAAAGCGAAGGUCUUCAACUACAUGGCGGAGAGUCUAAUGGUCAAGGUCACCCUGGUUGAAGCUGAGGGCUUCGAUAUGGCGUUCUCCAACCGUGAACGCGAAGUAUGCGUCCUGUCCAAGGGCAGCGUUACCCUCAGUUGGAAUCUGACCGCCUCGGGGUUGGGCGAGAUGAACAUCACUGUGCGGGCAGAGUCUGUCCACUCGUCCACCCUUUGUGGGAACGAAGUUGUCGUCGUUCCGCCGAAGGGAGCCGUCGACAUCAUCCGCAAGCCGCUGAUUAUCGAGCCCGAAGGCUCAGAGACCGAGUUGUCGCACACCUCCUUGCUCUGUCCUGCUGGGAAAGACAUCACCGAGAAGAUCCAUCUCCAGGUCCCAGAAGACGUGGUGGAAGGAUCGGCCAGAGCCUACGUCACCGUGCUGGGUGACCUCAUGGGAAGCGCGAUGGAAAAUCUGGAUCAUUUGCUCGACCUGCCCACGGGCUGUGGUGAGCAGAACAUGGUGAAGUUCGCCCCCAACAUCUAUGUGCUGAGUUACCUCCAGAAAACGCAACAGCUCACGCCCGAGAUCAAGGAUAUAGCUCUCGGCUUCUUGCGGACAGGAUAUCAACUCCAGCUGUACUACAAACACCAUGACGGUUCCUUCAGUGCCUUCGGAAGCGAUGAUGGAGUGGGGAACACGUGGCUCACUGCCUUCGUGCUGAAGUCUUUCCUGCACGCCCAGCCCUACAUCUUCAUCGAUGACUCUGUCCUGCAGCAGGCCGCCUCUUUCUUGCUUAAGUACCGGCUGGAGUCAGGCUGUUUCAGAAGCGUGGGUAACCUGUUCAAUAACGCCAUGAAGGGCGGCGUCGAUGAUUCAAUCUCUCUUUCGGCCUACGUCACCUCUGCGCUCCUUGAGUUACAAAGGCUGAGGGCCAGUAUGGCCGAUGAGAUUUACAAGAAGGCUCAGGAAAGGUUGGAGAGUGAGUCUUCAAGCAACGAGGCAGAAGGAACUACGCUGCCCAAAGUCGAGAGGGAGGAGACCCAGCCUGCAGGUUUCCAGACGGCAGUGCUGGAGCCUUCUCUCCGUUGCCUGUGGAAGCAGAUGGAGACAGUGAACAGCACGUACACGCUGGCUCUUCUCGCCUACACAUUCACCCUGGCAGGGGACAACGUCUCCAGGGACUGGCUCCUCGAUAAGCUGGAGGGUUUAGCUGUCAAAAAUGAUGGAAUGAGGCAUUGGACGAGGGUCCCAGAGGCGGAGGAAGAGGAUGAGGAGUUCAGUUGGUACUGGAGGAGAGCGCCCUCAGCUGAGGUGGAGAUGACGGCCUAUGUCCUCCUCGCCCUCCUGUCCCAGCCCUCGGUGAGGCCUGCAGACCUGCAGAGGGCCUUCACUAUUGUCAGAUGGCUGGUCCGACAGGAGAAUCCGUACGGGGGCUUCGACUCUACCCAGGACACGGUGGUCGCUCUUCAUGCUCUCUCACUCUACGGGAGCCUGACCCACGUGUCGGACCCUCAGGGGCUGGUGACGUUGACCGGAAAGAACGAGUUCCACCGGGAAAUCCGGCUGGACGCCUCAAACCAGCUGGUGCUUCAGAGCGAGAAGCUGCAGGAUGUUCCCGGUGACUACACUGCCCACGUCAGCGGGAACAGCUGUCUGUUGCUGCAGACCACACUGCGGUACAAUACCCUUCCCAAGCAUCGCGACUCCGCCUUCCAGCUCUCGGCCGAGAUGAGGAGAACGGGUGACGACACCGACGGAAGCAUCAUCAACAUCAAUGUGACGUACGUCGGGUCUCGUAACGUCUCCAACAUGGUCAUCGUGGAUGUGAAGAUGUUUUCCGGGUACUCUGCUCAGAAGCCGUGGCAUCCUCGUGUGAGCCGGUCAGAGACGCAGGACGGGCACUUGUUGAUGUACAUCCCCGAGAUGGACAAGCUCCAGCCGAUCGAACUGUUUGUUCCUCUUCACCGGGACUUCGUUGUGGAGAAUCUUCAGGACGCCUACGUGACCGUCUACGACUACUACGAGACGGACGAGGCCGCCAUCGUUGGAUACCGCCCGCACUAGCGGAGGAUCCGACUGAAACGCGCUGACUGCGGCAGAAGAGGACAUUGCUCCACCAGAGCUCAGAUCAAUGUUUCAGUAACUUGCAAUCACUUCUAAUAAAUAAAUGUCUUAAUC